AGCCGGGAGCCUCGCAAAGAGGGGCUCCGGGCUUGACAGCAGAAAGGCAGGAGACUGGCUGCACCGAGGGAGGAUGAGCUGGUCACCGCCGUGAAGCUGGGCUUCUGCUUGCCGGGGGGAUCCAGAAAUGGGCUACUGCAGGAGACCGGGUCUGCUUUCCUUGCUGCUGCUCUCCUUGUCCUGCGGGGCCGGCGCCCGCCGCAGCCUCCAGACCAACCUGUGCAAGUGGUGCGACUCCACAGCCCCGGCGUGCGAGGAGAAGGUGUGCUACAGCAACUGCAACCUCAACUCCUACUGCGAGGACCCCUACGAGAUCUGCGUGGCAAUAUGGAGACAGGACAACGAGAGCAUCAGGAUCAGCACGCUCUGCCACAACCCCCAGCGCCCCAUCGAAAACCUCAUGGUCCCCAACUACAACACCUCGCGCUGCAUCAUGAGCCACCAGCCCAGCGAGGACGGCGUCAUCUACGUCUGUGGCUGUGUGGAUGAGCAGGAGUGCAAUGACAAACUCAUCUUUGAAAACCACACCAAUGGCUACUCCAUGCUGCAGAGCAAAGAGGUGAUCCCAGUGGCUGCCAUCAGCCUCCUGCCCCCGCUGCUGGUGGCGGUGAUGAUCACGGUGAUAUUUUACCUCUGCCGCACGCAAAAGCGACGCAAGAGAGCCAAGGCGUGGGGUGGGAAACAGGGACAGCCGCCGGUGCUGCCGGAGCAGGGGAAGGCAAGCGAGCGGGAGGAGAAGUUGUCGGUGCUGAUGGACGAGAGCCCAGCCAGCAGCAGCCGCCCCGCCGAGCUGCUGCCCAUCGAGCUGGACGAGAUGGUGGGCAAAGGGCAGUUCGCGGAGGUGUGGAGGGCCAAGCUGAGCCACAGCCGCUCGGGGCAGUACGAGACUGUGGCCGUGAAGAUCUUCCCCUGCGAGGAAUACUCCUCCUGGAAGAACGAGAGCCAGAUCUUCACCGACACCAGCCUCAGGCACGACAGCGUCCUGCAGUUCCUCACUGCCGAGGACCGGGGCACGGGGCCCCGCCGGGAGUACUGGCUCAUCACCGCCUACCACAGCCGGGGCAACCUCAAGGACUACCUCUCCCACCACGUGCUGAGCUGGAUGGACCUGCAGAAGAUGGCUGGGUCCCUGGUGAGUGGGGUGGCCCACCUUCACAGCGACUACACCGCCUGCGGCCGCCCGAAAAUCCCCAUCGCCCACCGCGACAUCAAGAGCACAAAUGUGCUGGUGAAGAAUGAGCAGGAGUGCGUGCUCUGCGACUUCGGCAUCGCCAUACGCCUCGACCCCUCCCUCACAGUGGAUGACUUUGCCAACAGCGGGCAGGUGGGCACCGCCAGGUACAUGGCCCCAGAGGUCCUGGAGUCCAGAGUGAACCUGGAAGACCUGGAGUCUUUCAAGCAGAUGGAUGUCUACUCCAUGGCCCUCGUUUUGUGGGAAAUGGCCUCCAGAUGUGAAGUGGUAGGAGAGGUAAAGAAUUAUGAGCUGCCCUUUGGGUCGAAAGUCCAGGAGCAGCCUUGUGUGGACACCAUGAGGGACAUCGUGCUGCAUGGCAGAGGCCGGCCCGAGAUCCCAAGCAGCUGGCUGGUGCACCAGGGAAUGCGCUUCCUGUGCGACACCAUCACGGAGUGCUGGGACCACGACCCCGAGGCUCGGCUCACCGCCCACUGCGUGGCUGAGCGCUUCAACCUGAUGGCACAGAUGGAUUGUGAUGACAUCCUCAACAACAACACGGACAAUGAGGCCAGCAAAACAGCUUCUCCAGGUGGGGAGCUCCAGGACAGUGAUGGGAGCAGAAAUGUUCAGUGAUGCAGCAGGCAAAAGUCCUCAUCACGAGGAACAAGAGGAUAAGGGAGAAGCAUUUAGCUCAUGGGGGAAAAAAACCCCACUGUUUUUCAAAAUGGAACUAAGAUCUAGUACAUAAAUUAUUUAUAAGAUCUGUUUCCUCCCACAGAUACAAUGAACUGAGGAAUCAAUAUUUUGGUUAAAGUGAAACAUUAUUAUAUGAACUUUGUACUUACUUAAAAUGUAUAAUGAUGCAAAGCAUUCCUUUUAUUAUUUUUUAAAAUAAUAAUGUUUAAUCUUUUAUUAAUAAGCAGCUGAAUUCCACGUCUAUCUUUUUUAAGUCCUUCCAUAGUGUCAUCAUGAGUUUCUUUUCUAGCUUAUUCUGCAGUGAUUAAAAUUUUCUUCUUUUUAAUGGCCUACACAUACACACACAAAAUCUGUUGUAGCAGGAAAAAAAGACAUCAUGAGACGUACCAUACCCUCUGUGGAAGAAAUGCUGACAUCCAAGAAAAUCACUCAUGCAACAUCGUCCAAAGAGCCACAAUAAUCCAGUUUGUAAAAGCCUUGAUCCAAUGCAACUCCAACAUACCUUUGCUCACUGGGAAUUCCUGGGCUGAUAGUUCAGGUGGGUGUGUGAAGCUUCUUUGAGAGUGUAGACACGGCUGCCUCACCCUCAGAACUCUCCAUGCAGGAUCUCUAGACAAGCCUUUCCCCCAUCAGACCAGUUUCCAGCCACCUCUAGCCAGAUCUGUGCCACAGUAACAGCAUCAGUCAACACAAGGGUGUUGGCCAAUUCCUCUGGAAACUCUCACACCUCCCUGCUGGGUUACCCCACUGGGGAAACACGAUCAGACUGAACUGAGACCUUUAUCCCCAUGAUUACCAGAUCAACCCAGGCUGCCUCCAUUCUGGCCAGCAAUUAAGGAAAGGUAAGUCACACCUUGCUCUGAACCCUGGUACUGUGCAAAUCCCUCCACCCUUGGGAGCAAAGACCUCAGGUGCCCCUAAGUCCUGCAAGCCCAUACCUGACACCUACACAGAGGUGUAUUUUUUGGGAUGCAUCUGAGAGGAAUACAUUUCUUGCCAUCACACAGCUGCAUGGACCAGCCCAGAAAGAGGGGAAGGGAGCAAACCAUGCACAGCCACAAGUUUUCUGCAGCUGAGGCUCCUCAAUGUGGAGCAGGGACACAGAUCUGCAGGGCUGGUUUGGCUCUCUUAAGUGCUCAGCUAUGACAUCACUAACCCAUAUAAAAACCUUUUCUUCUCUCUCUAUUGUUUCCAUCUCACUGGACUGUUUUUACAGCUGCUAAAUUAAAAACCUGAAACAAAUUGUCUCUAAACACUUCAAAGAAGGACAGAAGGAGAAUGAAUUAGGUUGCAUCAAAUCUGAAUAACAAAAAAUUUGCUUAGCUACCACUUAUGUCAUCUGCAACUGUGACCACACCUGUCAUUCUCACU